AUGCCUUCCCUCGCCUCCCUCUUCGCCCUUGCGGCUCCCUUGAUGGUCUACGGUGCCCCGCUCAGGCGGCAGGCAAACCCCACCGAUCUCCUCGUUCUCAAGUUCGCGGAUGUGCUUGAGCAGUUCGAGUCCACCUUCUACCAGCAGGCCCUUGCGAAGUUCCAGUCCUCAGACUUCACCGCCGCGGGCUUCGUCGACGCCCAGGUCCCCGUCCAGCAGUUCAUCCAGAUCCAGGCAGAUGAGGCAACACACGCCUCCGUGCUCGAGUCCACCAUCACGUCUCUCGGCGACAAGGCCAUCAGCGGGGACUGCAAGUUCGACUUCGGCGCUGCGCUGAACGACGUCCCCACCAUGGCCGCGACCGCGCGUGUGGUGGAGAACCUCGGUGUCGGCGCAUACCUCGGCGCCGCGCACUUGAUCACCGACCCCGUCAUCCUCACCGCGGCCGGCUCGAUCUUGACUGUCGAAGCCCGCCACCAGACGAUCCUCAACGUCCUCGCGAAUGGUGUCUCCAUUCCCCAGGCGUUUGACGUUGGUCUCCUCCCGAACGAGGUCCUCGCCGUCGCCAGCGCGUUCAUCUCCGGCUGCGACACCGGCAUCACUGCCAACGCGCCCCUGACGAUCACGAACACCGGCUCCGUCGGGCCCGGCACGUCCCUCACGUUCUCCUCGCCCGCCAUCAACGGCUCGACCGACAACUUCCACUGCCAGAUGCUCGUCGGCGGCAUGCCCAGCUCCAUCUCGCUCCCGCUCGACUCGUGCGUCGUGCCCGAGGGCAUCGAGGGCCCCGUUGCGAUCUUCGUCACCCCCGACGACCAGCCGCUGAACAACAACGUCCGCGACCGCGCCACCCAGGCCGUCAUCGCCGGCCCCACGAUGGCGUUCAUCGACACCACGAAGCAGCUCCUCGGCCAGCUCGUGCUCGCCGGGUCCAGCGCGAGCGGCUCCGCGAGCACGUCGACCACCACGAUCUCGCCCGCGGACGCGACUUCCAUCAUCUCCAGCGCAUCCGCCGCCUCCGCGACCGCCGCCGCGUCUGCGACCGACGGCGCGUCCUCCGCGAGCGCGACUGACAGCGCCGCGUCCGCGAGCUCCACCGACGGUGCGAGCGUGAGCGCGGGCAACGGCGCCGCGUCGCCGAGCGACUCUGCCUCCGCAGCGGCCGCGAGCGCGACUGCCUCCGCGCUGCCCGAGUCCGACAAGACGACCGUCGACGCACCCGGCACGCGCAACACCGCGACGGGCACGACGGCGAACGGCGCGAUCACCGUGAACGGCUGGGUGUCGACCUAA